AUGGAUUUCUUAAGUGAAGCCGAAUCUAAAUUUGACAAUCCGGGAAAGUCCAUUAAUGAUGAAGAACAACUCGCAGCUCUUGGCCACGUUCAAGAACUUCGCCGUGAAUUCUCACUAUGGUCAAUUGUUUGUCUUCAAAUCUCGUUGAUGGCUACCUGGGAGGCCUUAUCUUCUGUAGUCACUACAGCUCUUACCAACGGUGGAGCACCAUGCUUGAUUUACAACUAUAUUAUAACUUUCGUUGGAACAGUGUUCAUUGUAUUAUCGUUGAGUGAAAUUGCUUCGAUCUAUCCCACCGCAGGCGGUCAAUACCACUGGGUUUAUUGUCUUGCUCCUGUAUCUUAUCAACGAACGGCAUCUUGGUUCACUGGCUGGGUUUCAAUUGGUGGACAAUUGGUGUUUUCUGCCUCAGCAGCCUUUGCAGCAGGUUUGCAGCUACAGGCGCUUAUCACCUUGAACCAUCUUGACUCUUAUGCUCCAACAAGAUGGCAAGGGAUGUUAUUUUACUGGCUUAUCUUGGCUUACUCCACUGCCAUCAAUAUCUGGGGCUCUAAGAUUUUGCCGCACACAAAUACGACAGCUGGUGUAUUGCAUGUCAUUGGAUUUAUCGCUAUUGUGGUAGUUCUGGGAGCAGUGUCUCCCAAACAUUCUGCGAGUUAUGUCUUUACAGAGUUCUCCAAUUCCAGUGGAUGGGAGAAUGAUGGGGUCUCAUGGCUUGUAGGACUACUAAGCACUGUCUAUCCAUUCCUGGGGUAUGAUGCAGCCUGUCACCUCAGCGAGGAACUGCCAAAGCCAUCGCGAAAUGUGCCAUUGGCCAUGAUAGGAAGCGUUACAAUCAAUGGAUUCAUCGGUCUGGGUUAUGCGAUUGUCCUGCUCUUUUCCCUGGGUGACCUUGAGCCCUUGCUUCAGUCAAAGACAGGAUUUCCCUUCAUGCAGCUUUUUCUCAAUGUCACUGGAUCCCCAGCUGGCGCCUCUAUCAUGACCCUAUGCAUCACAUUGAUUGCUACAGCUGCUAACGCCGCAUGCGUAACCUCAACUAGCCGCACGGCUUGGGCAUUCGCACGGGACCAGGGUCUGCCUGCUUCCGAAUUUCUCUCUGAAGUUAGUCCUAAUUUGAAGGUGCCAGUGCGAAUGGUCCUCGUUGUUGGCUUCUUACAGAUGCUGCUGGGUUUGAUUUAUCUCGGAAGCUCGACGGCCUUCAACGCCAUUUUGUCCAUGGCCAUCUUAGGGAUGUAUGCUUCGUAUCUUUCCCCGAUACUAUUCAUGUUAGUCUAUGGACGCAGGUUACCAGUGCCAAUUAUUCGUCGCCUUGGCUCAGGAUCCUUUAACCUGGGCCGCCGAUGGGGACCAGUCAUCAAUGUCGCCGCGAUCCUUUGGCUCAUCAUUGCAAUGGCUUUCAGUACGUUUCCGACGGUGAGACCAGUUACACCCGACAACAUGAACUAUUGCAUCGUGGUAACAUCGGGAUGGAUGUUCAUUGGGGCUAUUUAUUAUUAUGCGCUAGCUGGAAAGAGCCGAUUUAGUGGCCCAGUGAUAGAAUUGGCAGAGGAUCUACAAUUUUCUUAA